UCACAACUGAAACUUCCCGUCGCCUUUCUUUCACAAGGGAACGUCACUGCAGCUCGAAACUUCAUCAUACGCAAAUCCUACCCUAGAUACCAGAGCUCAUAACCCUGCAACCGCAUAUCGGAGGAAUCGAGAUCGUAUAGUCAUUUUUAUUCCAACACAUUGCUUGAAUCAUCAACUGCACGGGCAACCUUGAAACUCACCCAACGAGGCUUCGGCUUUCCAGAUCUCUGCGCAUCAACACGGCGAGAAACACACAAAGUUCCGAAAUAAUGCCUCUGCAAGAUCCGAAUCUCUACGGGCAACCAGCGCCCAAGAAACAAAAGAAGGAGUUGAAUCUUUCUGCUUCUCUAACCUUCUCGUCCCAGCUCAGCUCACUUCUCGCCGCGUCCUCAGCGUCAUCAACAUCAUCACCUGCCAGCACAACAGCCACAACAGCCACAACCGGUCGUGCGCGGCCCUCUAAAGCUGGCAAGGACAUCUUUUCCGGGGUGAAAAAGAAGACUAAGCCUGGCGCCAGGACCGUUAACGAGGACAGAGACGGCAAGCUGACGCUCAAAGAGCCCGUGGGCACCGAAGAUGAGAAGAGGGAGCUUGAACGCGCCCGCCGGAAUAUGGAGCACAAGGCCCGUCUCUAUGCCGCCAUGCAACGUGGGGAUUAUAUCGGCAAGGAAAUCGGUCUGGUUGACUUUGAUCGGAAAUGGGCGGAGGAGCAGGAGAAGAAAACAGGCCACACUGGCGAGGUGUCAUCUUCAUCAGAGGAUGAAGAGUCCGAGGAAGAAAGGGAAGAGUUGAUAGAGUACACCGACGACUUUGGCCGCACCCGCCUCGUCACGCCAGCCCAAAAGGCCAAGCUGGAGCGCUCCCGCUCCUCCGCCGCCGAACUCACGCAAAUGUCCGCUCGCCCUGCCGAGCCCGAGCAGCUGAUCGUAGGCGAUACCAUCCAGACGGAAGCCUUUGCCGCCACUGUGACUGCGGAUCGGUUGGAAACCAUCAAUGAGCUAGCCGCCAAGCGCGACAGGAGCGCGACGCCGCCUCCGCCGACCCAUUAUGACGCGAACUGGGAGAUCCGCACCAAGGGUGUGGGAUUUUUCCAGUUCAGCAAGGACGAGAAGAAGAGAGAGGAGGAAAUGAGGGCGCUAGAGGAAGAACGCAAGAAGACGGAGGAGAAGAGGAGGGAGCGGGAGGAAAUCUUGGAGAAGAGGAAGAGAGAGAUUGAAGAGAGGAGGAAGGAGAUCAAGGAGAGGAGAGCAAGAAAGAUGGCGGAUAACUUUUUGGAAGGGUUGGGUGAGGAGCUUCUGGGAGGAGAUGCUGCUGCAGCCGGGAGUGGUGGCGGCGGACGAAAAAGGGAGAGGGAAGUGGAUGUGGAGAAGAAGAAGUAAGAUCGCCCCGCGGACAAGUCAGAAACGUUUUCCUACGAUGAGAAACAAUGAUGCCCCUGUUGGUAGUUAUGCUUUGAGGUGGGAGACUCGCCACACUUUUCGCUGCGACGUGUUGGUAAUCGCACGGUUGAUGGGUGAACAAGAAAGCAUAAUCGGCAUCUACAAAGUCAAAGGUAUGAAUAUAAAGCACGGAGCUAUGGGAGUUCCAUCACAUACGACCAUACCCACUGGAAAACUCGGGAUCCCGUCCGCUCUCCCAUAGAUAAGCCAGUGAGGGCCAGACUAGUAGUUGGGUCGGUGACGACCAGCGAAUCCCUGGUGUUGUAUGUUUUUUUCUGCCUUUUUGCCCUUUGUCUCGGUCAUUUUCUGAGUUUGUUCUUUCUCUUAUCGAGCUGUGGCAGUCGUCGCCCACUCACUACCAAACCAUUGUCUGUUCACUCAACUCGGCGC